GUGGUCCUGUGUCGGGUCGAGGUUUUCAGUGAGGGGAGCCACGGGCGGGCUGGUGACGAGGGAUGAACGUUUUUGACAGAGAGCAGGACAAUUUUAAGAAAUACCACCAACAAGAGUGAGAGACUGAAAGUUCUUAGGGCGGGAAGACGAUUGAAGCUCUGAAGGGAGACCCUGGGAAGGCCGGGAGGAAGACUCCGACAGAGAAGGCGACGACGGCCAUGUUCACAGCGCCAGCAGAGAUCACGCCGUGAAAGAUAAGAAGCGUUCUCCCCCCUCAAGCAGACCCCCCGCUGGCCCACAACGCAACCCUCACCACAGCGCAUCUGCAGAGGAACGCGAGAGUCCCGAAAGAGUGGAGCAGAAGGAGAAGCUCCAUGCAGAGUUGAAAAAGGUGCUGAGUCAGAAGAGAAGUCACCUUCGAGCAUCCACCUGCCAACUGACCCAAUCGGAGAUGGACCCGGAACCUUCUAACGAGCAGACAGACCAGACCCCAGUGGAAGCCGCGGAGCCUCCGGUGGAGAUCGUGGUGGAGACGGAGGCGGAGGCUGGAGCAAGUGGCUACAGCGUGACCGGCGGUGGAGAGCGAGGCAUCUUCAUCAAAGACGUCCUCAAGGACUCACCAGCUGCCAAACAUCUCAGCCUGCAGCAAGGUGAUCAGCUGCUAAGUGCCAAGGUCUACUUUGACAACGUGCGUUAUGAAGAUGCUCUGAAGAUCCUCCAGUGCGCUGAGCCCUACAAAGUUAGCUUCCUGGUAAAGAGGACGGUCCAGGGGGAGGAGGUCUGCGUGCGGCCCCGCCUGCCCAGUGUGGACAUCAAAGGUCCCAAAGCCAAGAUGACCAAAAUGAGCGUGAAGGCGAUCAAGCCGUUCAAGGCCAAGAAGAAGAGAGGUGGCCGCUUUGGUCUGAAGAGGCUCAGGGAGAAACGGCGCGAGGAACUGGUGAUCGAGGGAACGCCACCCCGGCUGGAGAUGAGCGAUGUGGACGUUGAAUUUUGCCUCCCCAGGUUCAAACCCAGGCGGAGCGACCAAGUGAAGGCAGAAGGAGGAGCUGCAGCAAAGGCAAAGAGGAAAAUCAGGUUUCCUCGGAUGAAGAUAAAAAGUCAGAGUGGAGGAAAAGAGGACAGUGGAAGACUGGAAGCAAAGGUGAAGGUCUCCCCGGCUGAGAUUCCAGGAGCCAAAGCGAAAGCCAAAGGAAAAGGUCACAAGUUUGAAAUCAGCUUUCCCAAGAGUAAGGAUACCAAGUCUGGAUCCGUGGAACUUAAGAAGCCGGAUGUCAACAUUCCGUCGCCGUCUGUAGAGUUCAGUUUGCCUGCUGGGAAAGGUGUAGAUGUGGAAAUGGGGGGAGUAUCAUUAAAUUCGCCAGAUGUGGAUUUUGCCCUCCCCUCCAUCAAAGCUGACACAACUUUGCCCGCUCAGAAGGGAAAGGUGGGAAUUAAAGGUCCAAAAGUUGAAGUAAGAGGCGAUGACGCCAAAGUUAUGAAGGGAAAAGUUGAUGUUGAAACAGGCAAAGGUGAUGGAAAACUGCAAAUGCCAAACUUGAAACUCCCCAAAAUGAGACUGGUAUGUGAUUUGGAUGAGACUGAUGAUGACAAAAGGAAGGUCAAAGCAGAAGGAGAAAUCAGUGUUCCAACCGUGGAAAUAAAAGGGGGAAGUGGUAUUGUUCUCCCUGAAGCACAUGUCAACAAAGGAGGGAUUUUAGAAAAUGUUCCAUCUGUGCCUUCGGUUGACAUCUCUUUUCCCAAAGUCAAAGGAACAUCAAAUAUGGAUAUAAAGACCACAAUUAGGAAGCCUGGAAUGGACUUUUCUGUGUCAAACGUGGACCUCCAUGUUGAGAGAAUUCCAGACGAGGUGGAGGGCUCUUUUAAAGGACCUGAAAUUUCCAUGCCCACACUUGAUGUCUCUUUGCCAAAGAUGGGAGUGUCUGACAAGGAUGUGGCUGGUGCAGGAAGUGAUGGGAAAUUCUGCCCUCCUUCUGCUGAGGUUGGAGUAGACAUGAGCCAUUAUAUUGGUGGAGAUGGGAAGUUCACCCUACCUAAUUUUAAUGGAUCUCAAUCACAAAAAGUUAAUCUGACAGGACCGGGUGCUGAAGGAGAAUUCAAGUUGCCUAGUGUGGACCUGACGCUUCCCAAAGGCAAAGAUGUGGACCUCGAUAUGCCCGAUGUUAACAUUUCUUUACCAAAGAUCAGUCUUCCUGAGGGUGGUAUCAAGCUAAAAGGCCCGGACUUCAAGAAGGGGAAAAUGGAUUUUCCAGACAUUGAUGUCUCACUUCCCAAAGGAAAACUUGAAGGUGGCAUUGAACUUGAAGGCCCAGAUAUCAAGGGAGGAAAAUUCAAAAUGCCAACAUUUGAUGUUUCUUUACCAAAAGUCAAUCUUCCAGAGGGUGGUGUCAAACUGAAAGGUCCACCAUUCAAAGGAAAGAUGGACACUGCAUAUAUUGAUGUCUCAAUACCCAAAGAAAAAUUUGAAGGUGGCAUUGAGGUCGAAGGCCCAGAUAUCAAAGGAGGAAAGUUCAAAACACCGUCGUUUGAUGUUUCUUUACCAAAAGUCAAUCUUCCAGAAGGUGAUGUCAAACUAAAAUGUCCAGAACUUAAAGGAAAGAUGGAUAUCCCAGAUGUUGAUGUCUCUCCUCCAAAAGUUGAAGGAGAUUUUGACAUCAAAGGCCCUGAUGUCAAAGGAGGAAAGUUUAAAAUGCCAAAACUUGAUGUUUCUUUACCUCAAGUCAAUCUUCCAGAGGGUGGUGUUAAACUAAAAGGUCCACAAUUGAAAGGAAAGAUGGAAACUGCAAAUGUUGAUGUCUCACUUCCCAAAGGAAAAUUUAAAGGCGACAUUGAGCUUGAAGGCGCUGAUGUCAAAGGAGGAAAAUUCAAAAUGCCAACAUUUGAUGUUUCUUUACCAAAAGUCAAUCUUCCAGAGGGUGGCAUCGAACUGAAAAGACCAGACCUCAAGGGAGGCAGGAUGGAAAUGCCAGACAUUGAUGUCUCACUUCCCAAAGGAAAACUUGAAGGUGGCAUUGAGCUUGAAGGCCCUGAUGUCAAAGGAGGAAAGUUCAAAACACCAUCGUUUGAUGUUUCUUUACCAAAAGUCACCCUUCCAGAGGGUGGUUCCAAACUGAAAGGUCCAGAACUCAAGGGAGGGAGGAUGGAGAUGCCAGACAUUGAUGUCUCACUUCCAAAAGGACAUUUUGAAGGUGUUGUUGAGGUUGAAGGCCCUGAUGUCAAAGGAGGAAAGUUCAAAACACCAUCGUUUGAUGUUUCUUUACCAAAAGUCAAUCUUCCAGAAGGUGGUGUCAAACUAAAAGGUCCCGAGCUCAAGGGAGGGAGGAUGGAGAUGCCAGACAUUGAUGUCUCACUUCCAAAAGCUGAAGGAGAUUUGGACAUUGAAGGCCCUGAUGUCAAAGGAGGAAAGUUUAAAAUGCCAACGUUGGAUGUUUCUUUACCAAAAGUCAAUCUUCCAGAGGGUCGUGUCAAACUGAAGGGUCCAGAACUCAAGGAAGGGAAAAUGGAAAUGCCAGACAUUGAUAUCUCACUUCCAAAAGCUGAAGGAGAUUUGGACAUUGAAUGCCCUGAUGUCAAAGGAGGAAAGUUUAAAAUGCCAACGUUGGAUGUUUCUUUACCAAGAGUCAAUCUUCCAGAGGGUGGUGUCAAACUGAAAGGUCCAGACCUCAAGGGAGAGAAGAUGGAAAUGCCAGACAUUGAUGUCUCACUUCCCAAAGGAAAAUUUGAAGGUGGCGUUGAGGUUCAAGGCCCUGAUGUCAAAGGAGGAAAGUUCAAAAUGCCAACGUUGGAUGUUUCUUUCCCAAAAGUCAAACUUCCAGAGGGUGGUGCCAAACUAAAAGGUCCAGAGCUCAAGGGAGAAAAGAUGGAAGUACCAGAUGUCGAUGUCUCACUUCCCAAAGCUGAGGCAGAUUUUGAUAUUGAAGCCCCAAAAGUCAAAGGAGGAAAGUUUAAAAUGCCAACGUUUGACAUUUCUUUACCAAAAGUCAAUCUUCCAGAGGGUGGUGCCAAACUGAAAGGUCCAGAACUCAAGGGAGUGAGAAUGGAAAUGCCAGACAUUGAUGUCUCACUUCCCAAAGGAAAAUUUGAAGGUGGCGUUGAGGUUCAAGGCCCUGAUUUCAAAGGAGGAAAGUUCAAAAUGCCAAUGUUAGAUGUUUCUUUACCAAAAGUCAAUCUUCCAGAGGGUGGUGUCAAACUAAAAGGUCCAGAGCUCAAGGGAGGAAAGAUGGAACUACCAGAUGUUGAUGUAUCACUUCCCAAAGUUGAGGCAGAUUUUGAUAUUGAAGCCCCGAAAGUCAAAGGAGGAAAGUUCAAAAUGCCAACAUUGGAUGUUUCGUUACCCAAAGUCAGUCUUCCAGAGGGUGGUGUGAAACUAAAAGGUCCAGAACUCAAGGGAGGAAAGAUGGAAAUUCCAGACGUUGAUGGCACACUUCCCAAAGUGGAGGGAGAUUUUAACAUAGAAUGCCCUGAAGUCAAAGGAGGAAAAAUGAAAAUACCGACAUUGGAUGUUUCUAUCCCAAAAGUCAACCUUCCAAAGGGUGGUGUUCAAAUAAAGGGUUCAGGUCUUGACGGACGAAAGAUUGAGAUGCCAGACUUAGACAUUUCAUUCCCUAAGGGAAAAGCAGAAGGAGAAAUAGGGAUUGGUAAAGGAGGAAAGUUCCAUAUGCCCUCUGUGGAUAUUUCUCUUCCGAAAAUAAAAACAAAAGGUCCAGAGAUAAAUACUGAAGGCCCAGAUGGUGAAGGUGGAAAGUUCAAAACGCCAUCGUUUGAUGUUUCUUUACCAAAAGUCAAUCUUCCAGAAGGUGAUGUCAAACUAAAAUGUCCAGAACUUAAAGGAAAGAUGGAUAUCCCAGAUGUUGAUGUGUCUCUUCCAAAAGUUGAAGGAGAUUUUGAUAUUGAGGGACCUCAUGUCAAAGGAAGAAAAUUUAAAAUGCCAACAUUGGAUGUUUCUUUACCAAAAGCCAGUCUUGCAAAAGGUGAAGUCAAAUUAAAAGGUCCAGAACUCAAGGGAGGGAAAAUGGAAAUUUCAGACAUCGAUGUAUCCCUUCCCAAACAAAAAGUUGAGGGUGAUGUUAAUUUUAGAGGCCCUGAUGUCAAAGGAGGAAAGUUUAAAAUGCCAUCACUCGAUGUUUCUAUACCAAAAGUCAAUCUUCCAGAGGGUAGUGUCAAAUUAAAAGGGCCAGAGUUCAGUGAAGCGAUGACUGAGAUGCCAGCGUUGGACAUGUCAUUCCCUAGAGGAAAAGCAGGAGAAAUAGGAUUUGGAGGGCAGGUUACCAAGGGAGGAAAAUUUCACGUGCCCUCUGUUGAUAUUUCUCUUCCAAAAGUGAAAACAAAAGGUCCAGAGAUAAAUACUGAUGGUCCUGAUAUUGAAGUUGCAAAAGUCGCCAUGCCAAUGGUUGAUGUGUCUCUUCCCAAAGUUGAAGGAGAUCUGGAUAUUGAAGGCUUUGACGUUAAAGGAGGAAAGUUCAAAUUACCAGCAUUUGAUGUUUCUUUACCAAAAGUGAAUCUUCCAGAAAGUGGUCUUAGAGUAAAAGGUCCAGAACUAAAGGGAGGCAAAAUGGAAAUUCCAGACAUCGACGUCUCACUUCCCAAAGGAAAAGUUGAGGGGCAUGUUGACAUUGAAGGCCAAGAUCUCAAAGGAGGGAAGUUGAAAGUGCCAACAUUGGAUGUUUCUAUACCAGAAGUAAAAGGUCCAAACCUUGAGGGAAGUAAGCUUGAUAUUCCACACAUUGAUGUGUCACUUCCCAAAGGAAAAGCGGGGGGAGAAAUUGGACUUGAAGGACAUGUUGACAAAGGAGGAAAGUUCCAUAUGCCCUCUGUGGAUAUUUAUCUUCCUAAAAUGAAAACAAAAGGUCCUGACAUAGAAUUUCAAAGUCCUGACAUUAAAGGUGGAAAAGUCACCAUGCCAGCGGUUGAUGUUUCCCUUCCGAAAAUUAAAUCCCCAGAAGUCGAUGUCAGUUUGGAAGGUCCUGAUGUAAAAGGUGGGAAAGUUGCCAUCCCGGCAAUGACUGGACUGACAGGAGAAGGUGCAGGUUCAGGCUCUUUUAAACGUGGGACAGUCAAACUUCCAACUGUUGACAUCUCAGCCCCGAAGGUGGAUAUUGACUUUGGCCUCACCAAACCAAAAGGUGACGAUGUGAAAGUGGCGCUUCUGAAACCAGAGGGAAGCAGGCCUUCUUCUGGGGGAAGUUUUGAUUUGCCCAAUGUUUCUCUCAAAGUCCCCAGUUUUACACUUCCCAGGUUUGGUGGCAAGUCCAAGAGUGGCCAUUUGCAGGUGUCGGGACAAAGCACUGAGGUCGACAUUUCUCUCGGGGAGCCAUCCGUGGAGUUGGGUUUGGACAGUAAAGUGACAAGCAAAAAAGCUAAACUCAAAAAGCCCUUCAUUGGAAUAUCCAAAACGGAUGCAGAUGUGUCUGUGUCUUGUCCUGAAUUAGAUGUCAAUAUAAAAAAGGGGGGCAUUGACAUUCCUAAACCAGAUACUAGUGUUGAUGUAGAAAGGAAAGGUCGCUUCCAUGCACCCGAUGUCACUAUCAAACUCCCAAAGUUCUCCAUGCCAGGAUUUGCUUCAAAAGAUGGAGAUUUGGGAAAGCCAAGCGCUGACCUUGAAGCUCAGGCCAAGGCCAAGAUGCCCUCAGUUGAGCUAUCACUUCCCGCCACUAAAUCACCAGAAAAGGAGGUUCUUCUCCCCAAUGCAGAGGUGGACGUAUUGGAGUGUGACAUCCGAACCUAUGAGGGAGAAAUUCCCAAAAAGCCUGCUAUUGAUGUGAAUGUGCCCAAAGUAGACCUGGCUGUGCCACUUCCCAAAAUAAAACUUGAGUCCAGUUCUGAGAGAGAAGGAACAAAAUUCACAAUGCCUAAUGUGGACUUAUCCUUACCAAAAGGAAAAGUUGGCAGCAUGCCAAAAAGCAAACCUUUAAAGAUUGAAACACCAGAAGUUGAACUCAAAAUGCAGUCAAUAGACGUGUCCUUUCCCAAAGCACCAGAUGCUGACUUCCAUGGACAUGGACAAGGCGACUUUAAGACGCCACAUGCAGUCACUGACCUCCCAGAAGCGACAAUCCAAAGGACAGACAUAUCUAUCCGCAAAGACAAAGGUGAUGUGCAUGUAAAGGGAGAGCAAACGGGUCUGAAACUGAAGAUGCCAAGCCUGGAUAUCGCAUGUCCAAAAGGAGACCUGGAGCUGGACAUGCGACUUCGGAAAGGGGACACCAAGGGGGUAGAAUGUCAUGGAGAAACCAACAGCAAAGUCAAAGGGCCCAAAGUCAAGGGAACAAAGUUCAAUAUCGGAAUGCCCAAAAAGAAAACUGGUGGCAGUGUAAAAUCUGAGCAUGACGUUGAGAAUAUUGAACCUGCAGUCUCUGGUCUGACAUCCACAAUUCACAACGGACACAAAGAGGGAAAUAUUAACAUCCAAAUGCCAGGCGUUACGUUACCAAGUGCAAGUGUGAAAGGCAAAGAAGACUCAGAAGAAAGUGGCCUCCCGUCAUCAUCUAGUGCAAUCCCCAGGAUUCCGGACAUAGACUUUGAUAUCGGUACAGCACAGGAUGAAGAAGAUGACAAAUUAGGCAAGAAGAUAAAAAUCCCCAAAUUUGGUGUCCCACUCCCGUCCCUGUCCUCCCGGGAAGGAAGAAUGGAGAUCCGAGGACCGGAGACCAAAUCCGAAGGCCCCAAAGUGAAGAAAGCAGUUUUUGUUUUAGUAAAUCCAUCCCAAAGAGAUGACGCCAAGGUGAAGAUUCCUAAAUUUCAAACAAACACCAUAGAAACAUCUGUUAGCACACCUGGAAUGUCAGUGUAUACCAGCCCAUUAAGUUCAACUGACGACACACUCAAGCCAGAAGCUCCAAGUUCAAAGUUCCACUUUGAAACAGAUACACGACUUCACAGGGGCUUCAAAGACGAAGAAGUGGCAGCUAGCGGAAAAGUCAAACUUCCAAAGGUGGAAUUCACUUCUCCUUAUGGAAAGAAAGCUUCAGGUGACGCCAGCUUGGAAACCGCAACCAGACUGGGCAAACCUUCAUUGUCAGGGGAAGCUCCUAAAGGGCUCCAGAUAAAACCUGGCAAUGUUUCAUUUGAAGGUUUUGUUGAUGAGUCCUCAAAGGACGUUGUCACACAACACUCCAGAACGCAAAUGCUCCAUCAGGACACCUCGGCAUCUCCAGCUUCUUUUACCAUGGAGUUCAGCUCAUCAAAAGUCCAAACCUGGAGCGAAGGAGACAUCAAAGGAGACCCCCAGGGGAUAGAGGCCCCCCCCUGGUUCAAGGUCCCAAAGUUCACCCUGAAACCUCACUCCACAGGCUUCCUCCAGAUCACGCCGGAGGGGUCUCCCCAGGCACAGCGGCGAGGGGAGCUGGGAGGUGAGGCCAACAUGUCGGGCUCCUUCUGCCAGCACUCCUCUGACAUCACCACACGCGAAGUGUCCACCCCGGGGGGAGGAGGCUCAGUUACUGUGGUCACCAAGACCACCAGGACGACGCGGCACUCCACACCUGCCGAGACCUCAGCGGGUGUUUCGGUGGCAACCACUCAUCCACCAUCAGACCUCUGAGGAGCCAGACACGCCUGCAAAAUGAAAGCCUUUGUUUUGGUAAAUACAGAGGCAACCCAACUUACGAACGAGUUACGUUCACAUAGGCUGUAUCUUAAACUGUUUGUAAAUCGUUAUUUUGCCAUUUUUCUAUUCUCACUAAGUUUUACAUUGUGCCUGUUCUUUCUUGAACCGUUUGUUGAAAACCUAGUCAAGACAGUGUCAGUAGUGAACGGUUUGUUCCUGUACAACCCGCCAUAGGUGGAAAAAAAAAACGUUCUGAAUCGGUUUUACCCCUUCUGAACGCUUUAAACACCUUCACACUUAAAACGCACUUAAACAGAUUAAAACACUUUUUUUAAAAUUCCUUAGCAUUGUUUUCACUUUCCUUCCCAAGAAAUGAGACAUCGUGUUGGAUCACUUUGAGGAAAUGAAGUCAAGACUCUUGCUUGCAGUUUUCCAAAUAAAGGGCAAAGUGUGAUUGCUUUAAGCUAUUUAUGUUUCUUUCCUAGUUGAAGUUUAAAACUGACAC